AUGUUCGCCAUCAUCUUAAGGGGUCUGCUCCUCGGCUCAAGUACCGUCGCAUCACCUCUUCAGCUUGCUGGCCCGAAUAUCCUCAACGCUUCAUCACUUGACAGCUCAGGCGCAUUGACCUCGCACGCCUCGAACGUUUUCCAAUGCUUCACUCCUUCAUUCCCGCCACCAGGGCCCUUCUAUCCUAUCAAAUACCCAGGAUGCACAGAUGCUGCUGAUGAAAUACUUGCAAACGUGCGAGGGGAUGUGCCGUUGCUCUUCAGCCGCAGCGAAAGCGCAGAUAUCCAGCUUCCGUGGCGAGCGCGCAGCGCUAAUUGUGUGAUGGCUCUGGAUGUGCUUAAUGACGACGAUGAAGACAUCAUUGGUAUCCAAGACGCGCGGGGAAUCGCUUUAGCUUUAUGUAGCAAUUGUGUCAAGGGGUAUUACAGGUAUGGUGGGAGAACGCCAGUGGGACCAAGAGGAGUGGUUUAUAUCUCGGUCUAUGGGACCAUGCCACUUUCAGUCGGCGCCGCAAGCCCAGUGGCACCUCAACCGUCUCACGUCGUUUCUACGCGAAUCGAGCGUAGAGAUCCAGGCCUGCUCGAUGCCCCAUCACUUGCCAUCACUGGUAUACCCAUUCUAAACACUUCCAAUGCGGACAAAGGGGAAUGUUUCAGCGAAUCUGGUCCAUUGGCCCGCAAACCUCUCUACCCAGUCAAGUCACUGGACUGCAUGAACGCCGCCGACGAGAUGAUGAAAAACAGGCGAGCUCGUAACUGGAUGACAUUCGGCCGGAGAGCUGGCAUGGACUUCAAACUUCCUUGGACAGCGCGGAGCAAAUCUUGUGUUGUCACCGUGGAUGCCCUCAACGAUGUCGACUUUGACACAAUCGUGCUCUUCGAAGUAUACCUAACGGCAUUGAACCGAAUCGGAGAAUGCACGACGGGCAAAAACAUCUUUGGCGGGAGCAAGGUAGUGGGACCAAAGAACGUGAUGUACGUUUUUGUUUUUGGGAUUGGAUCGCCGCUUCAAGUGUCCGCACCCGCUUCGCCUGCACCCACUCACGUCGUUGCUCGAGCGCAAAUCGAAAACAGCGAGCUGAGCCUGCUAAAGCCGCAGGCCACCGAACCACUGAACGUGACGACCGCACCGACGACAAACGCCUCCACUCUCCGCGGCGUACCGGAAUGCUUCGACCCACCCUCCCCCCGCGAGCAUUCCGUCCCCAUCUCGAACUUCGCCGACUGCGAAGCAGCCACGACAGAGAUAGCGGGUUCCCGACCCCCGACCCAAACCUACAUCUUCAGCCGGAGGCCCAGCGCGGACCCGGACCACUACCAGCUCCCCGCGACGUUCCGGACCGGAACCUGCGCGGUCCAUCUGGACAUGGAGUACGCGGACGACGAAGACUCGGUGAGGUUGUCUUACGUCGAGAGUACGGCGUGGGUGCUGGCGCGCAAGUGCUCGGGCUUGGAGAACCCGCAGGAGAAAUGGGGCGGGACGAUGACGGUGAGUGUGGGCGCGAAGGAUCUGAUCAGGGUGUCGGUGUACGGGGUGUUACCGGGCCCACUGGACAAGCCUUCGCCGUCUCCGGUCGCACCUUUGCUUGGGAGCGAAUAA